ACUCCAUUCGAACUGAUGCAAGGAAAGUCAAUUGCUGCCUCCCUCACACGUUUGGAGGCUCAAGGAGCUGUUCGGCUUCAAGAAGAGCGGGAAUUUGAGACAAUCAUGGCUGAUCAACCUAAAAAAUCAAAGAUCUCCUCCUCUCGAAGGCUGGGGUUGAAGAUUAGACUGUUGACAGUCGCUGCUCAGAUGCUGCAGGAGGAGAAGGAGCAGAAGAUGAAGGAGAGAGAAGCUGCUCUAGCAGAACGAGUUCCUCCUCUAAAUCUGUCUGGUCUGUCUUUGCAAGAGCUUCAGGAUCUUUGCAAAGACUUGCACCACAAGAUUGAUGUCGUAGAUGAGGAGUGGUAUGAUAUCGGCCUCAAGGUGACCAAAAAUGACAAGGAGAUUGAAAACAUGAACCUGAAGAUCAUUGAGAUUCAGAGUAAGUUCAAGAAGCCGACCCUGAAGAGAGUGAAAAUCUCAGCUGAAGCCAUGCUGAGCGUUCUGCUGGGCUCCAAACACUCACAGUCCAUCGACUUCAAGGCCAACCUCAAAACAGUCAAGAAGGAAGAGGAAAAGAAGGAGGAGGUGACUGACUGGCGUAAGAAUGUGGAGGCAAUGUCUGGUAUGGAGGGCAGGAAGAAGCUGUUUGACGCCUCCGGCAACUAAAGAAACGUUUACUUUUGUUUAAGAGAUCUUCCUAUAAUAAAUUCUUAACCUUAAUCCUACCUAUACUAAAUCAAUUUAUGAAUUGCAGGUAGGACAAACACCCUUAAAACUAGGAUAGUCUUGCUUUUUGUAAUCUUAUAGAAAUAAAGGGAAGACAACAUAUAUUGACUAUAUGACUAUAGGCUUCAAGUGCUCUUUAAAUUAUUAUUUUUCAGAACAUUUUAAUUAUACUGAUAUUGAAUCAAUAUACGUCAGUUUUUUGUCAUUAACUGCUUUGUAUUAGUGAUGCAGUGACUGUUUGCAGAAGUUCUCCUCUGCAGCCUUGUGAUGGCAGCAUAACUAUUUCAAACCAUCACAGGAUACUCAGACCUACAGUCUAAUAUGGUGACUGUGGAGAAACAUACUUAUUUGUCCCUCGUAAAUUAACAACUGCUAGUGUGUUAUGUGCUAUAAUUUAUUGCCAUCCAGCUUGUCAGACAUUCAAAAUGUGUUGGCUAUUAUUGCAGUUUUUGCUAAGGUUAUUGCAGUGAAAGCAUGUUAUCUUCAUAUUUGGUUCAUGGACGUGAUCCAAACAUGAAACCACGAGUGUUCUCUCAAUAAAAAAAUCCCAAUCCUGC